AUGGAUCACUUGGAACAGAUCAAGUCACUACAACGCUUUAAGGACAAGAAAGAGUCUCGAGAUAGGUUGCUUCCAUGUUCAGAUCCGGGUCCUAGGGACGAGAAUGGUGAUCAGAGAAGUAGACAUAUAUUGCAUCUCAUGGAGGCUAACAAGGAGGAAGCUGUAGAUAGCUUUGAGGUUAAAAUGAAAGACAACAAUGUCGAAUGCUAUUAG